GAAUGGGGACUCGCAGAGUGGCUCGUUAAAAGUCUGGGCCAGACCCGAACCAAUGAUUUUCUAAAGUUGCCGAUAACACGAAACCGAAUGCAACCAUCCUUCCACAACAACCGAUCGUUCCUCCAGAAGGUCGAUGAACUUCCGCAUGGAGCUGCCUGGAGCUGCAAGAAGAUCAGUGUCCGGGGAAACCAAACAGACGAGAAGGGUGAACCAUUGCAUGAAGAUGUCGAGCUUUGGAUGCGUGAUCCUGUGGAGUGCAUCAAAGACCUGAUCGGAAAUCCUCAAUUCAAGGAUCACAUGGUGUACGCACCUGCACAAGCAUACACAGACUCUGCGGGACUCAACCGAGUGAUUGGUGACAUGUGGACUGCAGAUUGGUGGGGGGAAAAGCAAAAACAGUUACCGAAAGGAGCGACCAUAGCACCUAUCAUUCUUGCUUCAGACAAGACAUGUUUGUCACAGUUCCGAGGUGACAAAUCUGCGUGGCCUAUAUACCUCUCAAUCGGCAACAUUGCCAAAGAAAAAAGGCGACAACUGUCAGCACGAGCAACAGUCCUGAUUGGGUACUUACCUGCAGAAAAACUCGAAUGCUUUACAUCAGAUACACGCUCCCUUGCUGGUUACCGGCUCUUCCACCAUUGUAUGUCCCUCCUGCUGCAACCGCUCAUUGCUGCAGGACAAAAUGGCAUUGAAAUGGUAUGCGCUGACUCGAUGAUCCGCCAAGUUUACCCGAUCCUUGCAGCAUAUGUGGCGGAUUUCCCUGAACAAUGCCUGGUCGCAUGUUGCAAGGAGAACCGUUGCCCAAAAUGUCUGGUUGCGGCGGAUGAAAGAGGUGAUCCACUGAGUACACCGAUGCGGGACCCUCCAUUGAUAAAAGAGAUAUUGAAGAAGCGACAAAAUGGUCAACAUCCAGCUGAAUUUGAAGACUAUGGAUUACGCACCGUCUAUCAUCCUUUUUGGGCUGACCUUCCACACACAGACAUCUUCCUUGCCUUCACACCCGACCUCCUACACCAACUCCACAAGGGCGUCUUCAAAGAUCACUUGGUUAAAUGGUGCCUUGAUAUCGUUGGUCAAGCUGAAAUGGACGCACGCUUCAAAGCCAUACCGGAUUAUCCCGGUCUUCGGCACUUCAAAAAAGGAAUCUCGACGGUGAAACAAUGGACGGGUACAGAACACAAGCAGAUGCAGCGUGUUUUUGUAGGGUUGCUUGCUGGUGCAGUACCAAGUGGAGUGUUGGUGGUUGCACGCGCUAUUCUAGAUUUUUCUUAUUACGCGCAGCUUCAAAUACACACAGUUGACACCCUUGAUCAUCUGGAGAGCGCCCUUUCGGUAUUUCACGCCAACAAAGAAAUCCUGCGCGAACUCGAAGUUCGAGAUCAUUUCAAUAUUCCUAAAUUGCACCAACUCUCGCACUACGUCCAGUCCAUCUCAUUGUUCGGUACUACUGACGGGUUCAACACCGAGCUUCCUGAACGACUGCAUAUCGACUUUGCUAAAGAAGCUUACCGCGCUAGCAAUAAGCGUGAUUAUGAGGAACAAAUGACUUUGUGGCUUCAACGCCAGGAAGCGGUGUUUUUACGCGGUUCCUAUCUCGAAUGGCUGUCGGAUCAGUCGGUGAGCAUGGCCAAUCGCACAGACCACAAGUGCAGCGAUGAUUCAGGCUCGGAUUCAGAGAUAGAAGACUUGCAAUCUGGGUCAUGCACUCACAGCGCUACUCCCGCCAAAGCAAGUCUAAUGCCUCCCAUCGCUGGACAACACAUUGUCCACAUUCUUGCCAAAACUCCUGCACACCCUCGGCAGUCCGUUCACCAGCUUGCCACUGCGCAUGGCGCAGUCACAUUUCUUCCUGCCCUCAAAAUUUUCCUAGACAAGCAUAUGCCGCACAAUACCAUCGUUCCCGGUCCACAAGACCGUUUCGACGUUUAUCGACAAGUUAUAAUUGCUGCCCCGCCAGAUCUGCAUGUAAGUGAUUCACCACAACGGUGGCGCAUUAGAGCGACACCCGAAGUAUCUCCUGGUCCUCGCCGGAAGCCUGGGUCCCCUGCCAAGUUUGAUAUGGUCUUGGUGAGCGAUAUGAUCAUUAUUUCAGUGCAUCGGAAUAUUUACAUUAAUGCUGUAGGUGUACGAGUUGCACAAGUCCGUGUGAUAUUCACUCUGCCUCGUCAGUUUGGGGCAUACUCCCGAGCUUUGGCUUAUGUCGAGUGGUUCACUCCGCUUAGGAUACCAGAUGCCUCCUCUGGCCUGCACCAGGUGUCACGUUCAACUCGUCGACUGCACCGGAAUGCAGCGGUGAUACAUGUCGACGAAAUCGCUCGUCCAUGUCAUCUCAUUCCGAAGAUGGGACAAUUUGUUGACCGUGGAUGGACCAGUACAAAUGUCUACGAGUUGGUAAAUGAUUUCUACUUAAAUACCUUUAUCGACCUUGAUACAUUCUGCAUGUCCGCUAUCAAUUAA